UUGUUUUGUUUUGCAGUUUUGCAGUUUUGCUUCCUUCCACUUGAUCACAUUAGAUGUAUUGAAUCCAAUUGCCAACCCUUCAUCCAAUGGCAUAGCCCCCUUAACUGAAAGCCGCAAUUUGGUGCAUCCCCACUUGCCCAUUAAUUUCUCCCACUUCCAUAUAUAUAUAUAGACGCACAGAGAAUAUAUUAUUAUCCCAAACCACACAUUGUUAAACCAGAGGCAGAGGGUUGCAUAUUCUGCUUGACAAAAAUGUCAGAGCUUCCAUGUCCAAGCUAUGACAUGUACCAUUCACAACCCUCUGAAUAUGGCACUUCAGAGAGUGGAAGUGGAACUGACAGCUUUCACAAGUUCUUUGAGGGAUGGGUGGUCGAGCAAAACCAACACCUGAAGGAGCUGGUGGCAUCUACAACAACAGAGCUCACAGAUGAGAAGCUUCAGGCUCUGAUUGAUGGAGUUGUCAAGCAUUAUGAGUACUAUUACGAGGCCAAGUCAAAGUGCGCAAAGCAUGAUGUUCUGGCCAUGCUAUCUCCAACAUGGAGAAGCUCCUUGGAAGAUGCUUUUCUUUGGAUUGGUGGUUGGAGACCAAGCAUGGCUUUUCACCUUCUAUAUUCCAAGGCUGGGUUGCAAUUUGAGGCCAAGUUGGAUGAACUCCUUCAGGGUCUAAGAACAUCUGAUUUGGGUGAUCUAUCAGCAACUCAGCUAGCUCAAAUUGAUGAGAUUCAGAAGAGGACAAUCGCAGAGGAGAGGGAAAUCACAGAUAUGAUGGCAAGACAUCAAGAAACAGUGGCAGAUGCAUCAAUGGUGGAACUUUCUCAUGCUGUUUCUGAGAUGUUAAGGGCCAAUGAAACUGACAAGGGUGGAAAGAAAGAGGUAGAGGAGAGGGUUGAUUCAGCUUUGAUGCCAAAGGAAGAAGGAUUGGAGGAGAUUUUGCAAAGAGCUGAUGAUUUAAGGCUUAGAACACUUCAAGGUAUUGUCAAUAUUCUGAGGCCAAAACAGUGCAUUCAUUUCUUGAUUGCAGCUGCAGAACUGCACCUCAGGCUGCAUGAGUGGGGCAAGAAGAGGGAUACAAGCAGAAGGCUCAAUGAAGGCACUUCUAGUGAUGAGGGUACAACGCAUGAUUUGUCAACUACUUCAAGAUAACAUUAACAAUUGCAACUUUGGAACCAUCAGAAUCAAGGAUUCGACCUUGAAUUUUUAUCUUGUUUUAUUUAAGGGACAUUUAAUUAGGAUAGCAUGAAAGCAAACUAAUUUUUUUCUAUUGUUGUCUGCAAUAAACCCAGCAAAGGGGUCUUAUUGAUUUAUGCAUCAAUUUGAGUUAGACUUCUGCUUAAA